AUGGCGGCCUCUACGGCCUCGCACCGGCCCAUUAAAGGGAUCUUGAAGAACAAGACUUCUACAACUUCCUCUGUGGUGGCGUCGGCCGAACAGCCCCGCAGGAGUGUCGACGAGGAGCUGAGCAAAAAAUCCCAGAAGUGGGAUGAAAUGAACAUCUUGGCGACGUAUCAUCCAGCAGACAAAGACUAUGGUUUAAUGAAAAUAGAUGAACCAAGCACUCCUUACCAUAGUAUGAUGGGUGAUGAUGAAGAUGCGUGUAGUGACACCGAGACCACUGAAGCCAUGGCGCCAGACAUCUUAGCCAAGAAAUUAGCUGCUGCUGAAGGCAUGGAGCCAAAGUAUCGGAUUCAGGAACAAGAAAGCAGUGGAGAGGAGGAUCGUGACCUCUCACCUGAAGAACGAGAAAAAAAGCGACAAUUUGAAAUGAAAAGGAAGCUUCACUACAAUGAAGAACUCAAUAUCAAACUAGCCAGACAAUUAAUUUCAAAAGACCUACAUGAUGAUGAUGAAGAUGAAGAAAUGUUAGAGACUGCAGAUGGAGAAAGCAUGAAUACGGAAUAAUCAAAUCUAGGAUCUACUCCAAGUGACCAACAGCAAAACAAAUUACGAAUUUCAUAGAAGAGAUUUGUUCAACACGGCAAUUGUUUGUUAGAUAUAGACCCUGUGACUAUAAUACAUGGCUUCUUGUUCUCCACAAUUCAUGACUUAAGUACCAAAAUGCAUACCAGUUAUUAUAUAUUGCCAAGAAUUAAAUGA